UUCCUUAUCGCUAGAUGGCAGGUCAAUCCAAGAUGGCGCUGUCCAUCGGCUGAGUCGGUAAUGAACAACGCUAGAGGGGAAACUAACAGGAUGUUACGCAUAUUUUAAGUUCCUACGAACGCACACGAGAUUGAGAAUGAGUGUCAAAGCAUUUGAGUUGGUACCCGCCAUCGAGCGGGUAAAAUUAAUGUCUGACAAAGCGAAGUCUCAGAUUGAGUGCAUUGAUGUCUGUGGCAAGAACCUGUACAUUGGGACAAAUGACUGUUUUGUUGUUCACUACACUAUUGAAGAGAAGACAUCCUCGUCAGGCAGGGUUUCAUUUCAGAGUGAGAAACAAGGUCACAAGUACUUAGCAGUGAAAAAGGCCAUCACUCAGCUGCAAGGUGCAUCAGCGCUCAACAGGAUCCUGGUCGUGUGUGACAACACGCUCACUCUGCUCAACAUGUUUGACCUGGAGCCGAUCUUGAGUGGAGCAAAGAUCAAGGGGAUAACCUGUUUCUGUGUCAACCAUAACCCAUUGCGAACAAACCCUUUCAGUAUUGAGGUCUGUGUGGCACUCAAGAAGAAGCAGCUGCAGCUGUACACGGUAACAGAGGACCGGAUGAUCCACCUCCGGGACAUCACCCUGUCUGAACCAGCUGUGGCUGUGGGUGUCGAUGGUGUCAACAUCUGUGCUGCACUGACGUCCCAGUACAUGGUCAUCAACUCCGACACCAACUCCAUGCAAGACCUGUUCCCCUACGACAACGACCAAAUGACGCCAAUAGUCAAGAGAAUCAGCAAGGAUGAGUUCCUGCUGUCUGGCCCAAGUGCCCUGGGCAUGUUUGUGACAUCUGCGGGCAUCUCCCAGCGUCCACCCAUGCAGUGGUCAGAUAACCUGGUCAGCGUCAGCUACGUCCACCCCUACAUCCUGGCAAUGAAUGACGAGUUCAUCACAGUACACAGCAUCCUGGACCAGCAACAGAAGCAGGCCAUCCCCUUCCAGGGCGGGGUGUGUCUCGGGGACUAUGACGGUCGGCUGUUUGUGGCCUCAGGGAGAGAGAUCUACUCUCUUGUACCUGUGGCCUUUGAGAAACAGAUCCAAGCACUGUUGGCUGACAAGAGGGUGAAGGAGGCGCUAGACUUGGCCAAGAACGCCACGAAGACAGGUCUCAGUAGAGAGAAGUUCCUCAAGAUGUACCACCGCAUCCAGCAGCAAGCUGGCUUCAUCGAGUUCUCCCAGCAACACUGGCAGGAGGCGACGGAACUGUUCCAAGAGGGGGAGGUGGACAUCAAAGAGAUCAUCAGUUUGUAUCCUCACCUGCUGCCUGCCAGUGUCAACUUCGUCAGGUCGGCCCCCCCUCUCCAUGAAAUAGCAGAUGUCAAUCAACUAACAAAGGGAGAUGACUCUUUGAUACCUGAAUAUAAACAUUUCUUGAGGUGCUAUUUAGAAGAGAUAAAAGGAACCAAACAAGCCAUUGGCAUUAAUCCGCUGAUUGAUACUGUGCUAUUGAGAUUGUAUGCCGAGGUGAACUCGCCAGAGUUAAUUCCCCUGAUUGCUGUGGAUUCAAGCUGUGAUUUAAAUGACUGUGUAGAGAGUCUGGAGAGGUUCCAUCGGUACCAUGCACUGGGGCUGUUGUACAAGUUUCAUGGAGAGUACGAUAAGGCCAUCAAUAUCUGGACAAAAUUGGUGGAUGACACAUUGAGAGAUGAGAGUUUUUCUGGAAUAGAUUUUGUGGUAGAAUUUCUUGCCAACCUGAGUGACCAUGAGAUUGUGUGGAAGUAUGUGGACUGGGCCCUGGAAAAGGAUCAAGAUCAGGGAGUCAGGAUAUUUACUGAGAGGCCAGCUGGAGAGCUGCAGACAGAGAGACUGAGACCAGACACAGUGAUAGACUACCUGCACCGCUUCCCCUCCGCGGUCAUCACGUACUUAGAAUACCUCGUCUUUCAGAAGAAGCUGGAGAAGGAGAAGUACCACACCCACCUGGCAGUGUUGUACCUGGAUGCUGUGCUCAGCCUCAUGAAGACAAAUAAUGUCAAGAAGGAGGAGGUAGAUAUAGCGAGGUCCAAGUUACGCCAGAUGCUGCAGAUCUCCAACCUCUACCGGGUGCAGCUGAUCCUCGGCAAGGCGAAGGAGACGGACAUGCAUGCUGAAUGUGCAAUACUGUAUGGGAAGCUGGAAGAACACGACAAGGCGCUCAGGAUCCUCGUUCACAAGUUGAAGGACUUUGGAGCUGCCGAGAACUACUGCCUUGUAAACAGUGAUGGCAAGGAGCCAUCAUACCGCAAGCGACUCUUCCAUAUACUGCUCAGUGUCUACCUAGACCCAAGCUAUGAGCGAAAGGACACUCUGGUGGCACCUGCCAUGGCUCUGUUGAACAGUAAUGUUGCAGAUUUUGAUACAAACAAGGUUUUACACUUGCUGCCUGACCACUGGUCAGUAGGUCUUCUGUCCCAGUUUCUGACACGGACGGUGCGGAAGAGUAUGCACUGUAGUCGGACGACCCACAUCGAGCGGAUGAUGGCAAGAGGGGAGAACCUGGCAGUUAAACAAAUCUGUAUAGAGUUACAGAGAGAUCCUGUUAUAAUGAAUGAUGAUAGAAUGUGUGCUGUAUGUAACCGUGCGUUCAGCGAGCCAAUGUUUGUUAGAUACCCCAAUGGAGUUGUGACUCACGUGCACUGUGCCAAGAACAAAUAUGUGUGCCCCGUGACGGGGAAACUCUUCAGCUCCCUCGUGCCCAAGAAGGUGGAUAUAGAAGCUCGGAACAACUGGAAAUGAUACCAUGACGAAAUACAACACAAUCAUAAUAGCCAGAGGUGCACACAGACUAUAAACUGCAUAUUACAGUCGUUGAAGAAUGGUGGAUGUCAAGGAUGUUUGUCUACAAGGCAGGGACCUGGUGUGUGAGAUGCCAGUGGGUAGUGCGCGUUCAAGAUGAAGACUUGUUAUUUGUUGAUAAAACAUCAAUGCUUGUACAAUCUCAUUAAAAUCAGAUCUUAAUUCUUGCUAUGCUAAACAAAGAUCUGAGGACAUCCAAUUAAGGGUCAUGUCAGAACGACCUUUCAUCCAACCAUUCAGA